AUGGUGCCCCUGCUGCUGCUGCCCCUGCUGUGGGGGGGGUCCCUACAGGAGUAUCCAGGGUACCAGCUCCAUGUGCAGGAAUUGGUGACAAUGCAGGAGGGCCUGUGUGUCCUCGUGCCCUGCUCCUUCUCCUACCCCUCGGGUUCCAGCUAUGGUAAACUCUACAUAUACUGGUUCCGGGAUGGGGACAACAGGCGCCUCCAUAGCCUUGUGGCCACAAAUAACCCAGAGCAACAAGGGAAUACAGAGACUCAGGGCCGGUUCCUCCUCCUCGGGGACCUCAGGACCAACAACUGCUCCCUGAGCAUCAAGGACGCCAGGAGGAGUGACACAGGUGUCUACUUCUUCCGAGUGGAGAGAGGAUAUUAUGUGAACUAUAAUUACAGAGAUAAGAAGCUGAAUUUGCAGGUGACAGACCUGACAGAGAAACCCGACAUCCACUUUCUGGAGCCUGUGGAGUCUGGCCGCCCCACAAAUCUGACCUGCAGCCUGCCAGGGUCCUGUGAUGGGGGAAGACCUCUCACGUUCUCCUGGGUGGGGGAUGCUCUUGACUCGCUGGACCCUGGGACCCUCCAGUCCCCGUGGCUCACCCUCACCCUGAGGCCCCAGGACCACGGCACCAACCUCAUCUGUCGGGUGAAACUCCAAGGAGCUCAGGUGACCACGGAGAGAAACAUCCAGCUCAAUGUCUCCUAUGCUCCACAGAACCUCACGAUCCGCGUCUUCUCCGGAAAUGUCACAGCCCUGAAGACCCUGAGCAACAGCACAUCGCUGCCUGUCCUGGAGGGCCAGUUCCUGCGCCUGGUGUGCGUGGCUGAUAGCAAGCCCCCUGCCAGGAUGAGCUGGUCCCGGGAGGGAAAAACCCUGAGCCCCUCCCAGCCCUCAGCACCUGGGGUCCUGGAGCUGCUCCAGGUCGGGGCUGGAGAUGGAGGGGAAUUCACUUGCCGAGCUCAGAACCUGCUGGGCUCCCAGCAUGUUUCCUUCAGCCUGUCUGUGCAGAGAUGCCCCUCUUCAUGCAGCUGUGUGACUGGGGAGCAGCAGUGCUCCUGGCCCCUGGUCCUCACCCUGAUCAGAGGGGCCCUCAUGGGGGUUGGCUUCCUCCUCACCUAUGGUCUCACCUGGAUCUACUACACCAGGUGAGGAGGCCUGUCCCUCUCCAGGGAAGUCCAGUGA